AUGUCUUAUAGUUGUCUUGUAAAAGAUGGCAACACGAUAACUUUAAAAGUGGAAUUAGUAAAUUUUGAUAGAGACCUUCUAUUAAAUCAAAAUUUGUCAUCUCAAUUUGAAAAAAAAAUUUUAAGCCUGGGAGGAACAAGUUUGUCUAAUGCUAUUAAUAAGAUUAUGCCUACCAUUAUAACAGAUGAACUGUGUCGUCAACUAACUUGGUACGGUUUUCAUGGAACUCUUGCUGUAAAGGAUCUCCAUUUUCCAUCGAUAAUCAUAAGUGCUACACGAAAAAAAAUUGCAUCUACUGUAACAGAUGUACAAGAACGCAUUAAAGAUUGGUUGCGUAGACCAUCUGACAGGCAGAAAAAAAAGAGAGGAGUCAAUCAACAGCCUAUAUUGUGAUUAAUUUUCUAAUUGUGCUUAAACCAGUGAUUCUUAAGUAUGACAUAAGUAUAAAGUAUUUUGUAAUCGUAAAAAAACAAUUGUAAAAAAUACACUUUUA